UGGCACCAAAAGUCUCUUCCUGUUUCACCCGUGGAGCACGAUACGAAGGAUCUGUGUCUACAUAGCCACCAAUCAAUUCUUCGAUUAUUGCGUCAUGGCCACAAUUUUGUUCAAUUGCAUUUUCUUAGCCAUGACUGAGACAGUGGAGGAAGCAGAGUACAUCUUCCUUGCCAUUUAUAGCAUUGAGAUGGUAAUUAAAAUCAUUGCGAAAGGAUUUUUGCUCAAUAAAUACACAUACUUGCGCAACCCGUGGAAUUGGCUGGACUUCGUUGUCAUCACAAGCGGCUACGCCACCAUCGGCAUGGAUGUUGGCAAUCUGGCCGGCUUGCGUACAUUUCGCGUGCUGCGAGCACUUAAGACUGUUUCAAUUAUGCCAGGACUUAAAACUAUCAUAAACGCACUGCUGCACUCGUUCCGCCAAUUGGCUGAGGUCAUGACGCUGACGAUAUUUUGUUUAAUGGUUUUUGCACUGUUUGCAUUGCAAGUUUACAUGGGGGAGCUGCGCAAUAAGUGUGUAAAAAAUCUUCCAGAUGAUUGGUUGAAUGCGACCGAUAUAGAGUGGAAAAUCUGGAUUAACGAUACGGAAAACUGGCUCUAUGACGAAGAAGAGCUUCCAAUGCUGUGUGGUAACUUGACUGGCGCACGUCACUGCCCACUUGGUUAUACGUGUUUGUGUGUUGGCGAGAACCCAAAUCAUGGAUACACCAACUUCGAUAACUUCAUGUGGUCCAUGCUGACGACAUUUCAGUUGAUCACGCUGGACUACUGGGAAAAUGUUUAUAACAUGGUCUUGGCCACAUCAGGACCAAUGAGUGUAUCUUUUUUUACUGUGGUUGUGUUUUUUGGCUCAUUUUACUUAAUAAACCUAAUGUUAGCCGUUGUAGCGUUAAGUUACGAGGAGGAAGCGGAAAUCACCAAUGAAGAACGCAAAAAAGACUUACUAGAUCACCGAGAUGAUUCAACUUUUAGCUUUGACCCGUCCGUUCUAAACGUAAAAAAGUUAAACAAAAACAACAAGAAGAAAAUUGAUUCUCGAAAAGGUGUUCUACUUGCCUCAUACAGUAAGAAGAAGACACGGCGAAAAAAGCUUAAGUCAGGGAAGGAUGGUGCCAAUAACAACGACAGCAACGGAAAUGGCCAGAGUAAAAGUAGAUCUGUUACGCCGAGCCCGAGUCCGAGUCCACGCCACAGCAACACAGAGCGACCAAAAGCACUGGAAUUACAAGCGCAGCAACCACAUCGUGCGAAAGAUGCGCAACAAAAAACCCGUAUCUGCUUUCAGGACGAAAGCACUAAAAAUCCAAACAUGCUCUACCCCUCAGACUACAAAGGUCAAUUACUGCCCACAAGUCGACAAGCAAGUUCCAACUCAAGCGGCAUGAAUCGAGAAUCUUCGCAAGAUGAUUCGGGAGUUGUUGACGACCACGAGGAACAGGACACUGGCACUGAAAUGGUCAACGUUUCAACAGUGGAACUACAAAACGAGCUUACACCAGUAACGUUGGCACUAUCGCCACGCGAGGUGCGUCUAAUAAAAUGCAAUGGAAACAUUGCCCGAAUCAAAAAGCAUAACAUUUAUGCGUUGCAUCAAGAGUUUUCUUCCGAAAUCGUUGUUAUCGAUGAUCUUCCAGAUCGUAAUUGUGACAGAUGUGUACAAUGUUGCAUUGACUACGAGGGUUGGCUGCAAAUACAAAAUUGCUUAUAUAAGGUGGUUAGAGACCCACUUUUUGAACUAGCCAUAACGCUGUGCAUUGUACUGAACACGGCAUUUCUCGCCAUGGAGCACCACGGCAUGAGCGAGAACUUUCGCAAUGCAUUAGAUGUGGGAAACAAAGUCUUCACAUCGAUCUUCACGUUCGAAUGUAUUAUUAAGUUAAUGGCUUUAUCAAAGGAUUUUUUUCUUUGCGGAUGGAACAUUUUCGAUCUCAUCAUUGUAACAGCAAGUCUGUUAGAUAUAAUUUUUGAGUUGGUAGAUGGUUUAAGUGUAUUAAGGGGCUUGAGAUUGCUAAGAGUUUUAAAGUUAGCACAAUCCUGGACGACGAUGAAAGUUCUGCUCAGCAUUAUUAUUUCGACAAUAGGUGCUUUGGGUAAUCUGACCCUUAUUUUAGUUAUAGUUAUAUAUAUUUUCGCUGUGAUUGGUAUGCAACUGUUUUCAAAAGACUAUACACCUGAAAAAUUCGAUCCAGACCCAGUGCCAAGGUAA